UAUUUCAUAGUUCAACCGGCAUCCGAGUGACGCGUAUCGAGCAAAAAUUUUCUCAGGAAAAAAAAAUCAAAUAAUUCGUAAAUCCGAGUGAAUACUUCUAGAGUGAUAAAAAACCGCAAGAAGGUAAAUCGUUUUCCACCGAAUAAUACAAUCGAGAAAAGAACUGAGUGCAGAAUGUCUUCUGUGGCUAGCAACGCUAUUUGUGAGCAGCGCAAGGAGUGGCGCCGCGAGCACCCUUUCGGUUUCAUGGCUCGCCCCAUGAAGAACCCUGACGGCACUUUGAAUCUCUUCGCCUGGGAGUGCGGCAUCCCCGGCAUGAAGGACACCAUUUGGGGAAAGGGUUACUACAAGCUCAAGAUGACGUUUGGCAACGAUUAUCCCAUCACUCCGCCUCAGUGCCAGUUCGAUCCACCAAUUUUUCAUCCUAAUGUUUUCUCUUCGGGGGCCAUUUGCAUGCCGCUGCUGGUCGAGGAAUUGGAUUGGCGCCCUGACGUUACCAUUCAGCAGAUAUUGCUUGCCAUCCAGAAGCUACUUUGCGAGCCGAACAUCAUUGGAUCGGCCGACGCCGAAGCCGCCAUCAUGUACAACGGCAACCGCCUGAUGUACGAGACUCGCGUGCUCUUCCAGGCCGAGGCCAUGCGCCGCCCCAAGGAGUAAACCGCACACACGCACACACACUCAAACACACAAACACACAGACGGAUAGUCAAAAACCAAAGAUGUUCAACCACACAAAUACACACUCACGUACAUAGCCAUAGCCUGUAUGUAAAAACUAGUUGAACAACCAAAUAAAUUGAAUUAAAAUUCAUUAGUAGCG